AUGAAUAAAAGUAUGAAAUAAAUCUUAUUAAUAAAGAUAAAAUGGAAAUUUUUUAGUGCAAAUACCUAAAUCAUGAAAAUGAAGGAAUAAUAGGAUUUUGUAUACAUUAGAAUUGUUAGAAAGCAACUUAAUAUUGCUAUUAAUGCUUGACUUAAAAUCAUUCAGAUCAUUUAUAAGAUUGCAUUAGAUUUGAAAACAUGAGUGAAUAGAUUAAUCAAUUUGUAUAAGUUUACAAAGAAUAAAAAUCAUAAAUUAAAGAAAUCAUCUUUCAAAUAAAGAAUUGCUUUGAAGAGAUUUAAAAAUACUUGGAAUAAGAAAUAUCGAAAUUAGAAAUAUUGAACCAAAAACUUUAAAACAAAGAGUACUUAUCUUUUAAGUCUCAAUUAAUUUUAGUAAAAUAGUUUUACUCAAAGGAAAAAGAAAACAAGAUAUGUAUUCAUUUUAGCUACUUUAAUAGAAUAAUAGAUAAUAGAAUUCAAUUCAAUUCUUGAAACAAUUAAAAAAAUGGAACAAAUUUAAAACACGAUGAAAAAUGGAUUGAAUAUUUAGCACAAAAAUAAGAUACAAAUAUAUGAGAUAGAUGACAAAUGUUUAGAACAAAAGAGCUAAAAAAGAAACGAGGCUAAAAUUUUAUUCGAGUAGGGUAAAAUAAUAAUAAGAAGAAUAUAGGAAAAAAAUUAGUUAAGAAUCAUUAAUAUGAAGAAGCUUUGAUGAUAUUUGACAACUUGAUUAUAUCAUUCGAUUAAGAUGAUCAAGUUUACGGAUGGAAAGGUUGUUUUUUGUAUGUAAAUUUUAGGUUUCGUAUUAGAUAAUUUAAACAAAUAAUAAGAAGCUAUUGAGUGUUAUGAAAAAGCUCUUUUGAUAAAUCCUCUUGAUGAUAUUGCAUGGAAUAACAAGGGUAUUGACAUUCAAAUAUUUGUAUUGAGGUUUAGCAUUAAUCUAUUUGAAUAAAUAUUAAGAAGCCAUUGAGUGUUGCUUAAAAGUUCUUUCUAUAAAUCCUAAUGAUGAUUGUGCAUGGAAUAACAAAGGAAAUAAACAAAAAAAAACUUUAUGA